AUGGAGAUAUCAAAAUGUAAAAGUUUUGUUUAUCCUAAAAAUCAGUCUGAUUCCUUUCAGGCAUAUACAGUGCAGGGAGCCAUGGAAGGACAAAACCAGAGUUUCCCCACUGCUUUUGUCUUGUUGGGAUUCUCAGAUCAUCCAUGGCUGGAGAUCCCCCUCUUUGGAGUGGUCCUGGUCUCCUACAUCUUCACCCUGAUGGGAAACAGCUCCAUCAUUCUUCUCUCCCUAGUAGAGCCCAGACUCCAGACACCCAUGUACUUCUUCCUAGACAACCUCUCUGUAUUGGACCUCUGUCUUACCUGCACCACUGUCCCACAGUUGUUGGUUAACCUCUUAAACCCAGAGAAGACAAUUGCUGCUUGGGGCUGCAUCAUACAAGUCUAUAUUUUCAGCUGGAUUGGCUGCACAGAAUGUGCUCUGCUGGCAGUGAUGGCCUUUGAUCGCUAUGUGGCCAUCUGCUGUCCCCUCCAGUAUGUUCUUAUCAUGCGCCUUUGGUCAUGUGUGUGGCUGACAGCUGCAUGCUGGGCCAGUGGCCUGGCCAAUUCUCUGCUCCAAGCUACACUCAUCCUUCAAUUGCCUCUCUGUGGGAAAAACACACUGGACCACUUCUUCUGUGAGAUGCCUGCUCUAAGCAAGCUGGCAUGUGGUGACACCACUGUUAGUGACCUGUCCCUGGCCAUGGGAGGUAUUGUUUUUUCAAUAGUGCCUCCUCUGGUUGUGCUCAUCUCCUACAUCUUCAUUACUAGGGCUGUUCUGAAGUUACCUUCAGCUGAGGGAAGGCACAAGGCAUUCAAUACAUGCAGCUCCCAUUUGCUGGUCGUUACCCUGUUCUAUGGUCCAUGCAUCUACAUGUACCUCCAGCCUCCAGCCAACAGCACUCAGGCCAAGUUCCUCUCUUUAUUCUACUGUGUCAUCACCCCACUGCUAAAUCCACUCAUCUAUACACUGAGAAACAAGGACGUGAAAGCAGCGUGGAGGAGGGGCCUACCAACCCAGGGUAGAGGAAAAUCUUUGAAAGCCAGAUGA